AUGGCAUGGCCCAGUGGUGAUCGUCGUCGUCCUCCAUGGCUGAUUGGUCCUGCAACUCUUCUUAUGUUCCUUGUGUUGGCAGUUUCUGCUGAGGAUAUUUUUCUGGACUGGCAUGUCACACUUGACACAAAUAUCAAACCGGACCAACCGGUUAUUGCCAUCAAUGGGCUGUUUCCAGGGCCUCUUCUGAAUGGCACAACCAAUGAUGUUUUUCAUGUCAAUGUGUUUAAUGAAAUGGAUGAACCCUUGCUGAUAACUUGGAAUGGCAUACAACAAAGACUAAACUCUUGGCAAGAUGGAGUUUCAGGCACAAACUGCCCCAUUCUGCCUGGUGAAAACUGGAGUUAUAUGUUCCAAUUCAAGGAUCAAAUUGGCACUUUUUCCUACUUUCCCUCUCUCAACUUCCAGAAAGCUGGAGGAGGUUUUGGUCCAAUUCGUAUCAAUAACCGGCCGGUCAUCCAAGUACCAUUUCCUAAACCAGAAGCCGAAUUCGAUCUUCUCAUUGGUGACUGGUAUGACAGAAGUUUCAAGGAUGUUAGGUCCAUGAUGAGCACAAAUCUCAUGGCCUACAACAGCACCCCUGAUAAAAUCUUGAUGAAUGGAAAAGCUGCAUAUUCGGCCCUUCCUACAGAAGCCCAUGAGUCCUUCACUGUUGCAAAAGGCAAGACCUACAGAAUUAGGAUAUCAAAUGUUGGGACUGCAUGGAGUUUCAAUUUCAGGAUCCAAAAACACAAAAUGGUUUUGGUUGAGACAGAAGGUUCCUACACAAAUCAAAUCACAUUGGAUUCUCUUGAUGUGCAUGUUGGGCAGUCCUACUCUGUUCUUGUCACAGCUGACCAAAAUGCUUCAGACUAUUACAUGGUGGCAAGCCCUAAAAUGUUCAAUGCAAGUGAUGUGACAAGAUUUGGCAUUGGUGUGCUGCACUAUGAUAAGUCCACCACACCUCCUAAUGGGUCUCUUCCGAGUGGGCCUGACCCAUUUAAUCGAAAAUUCUCCAUCCAUCAGGCCAGAUUCAUUAGAUGGAACCUGACCACAGGGGCUGCAAGGCCUAAUCCGCAAGGAACCUUCAAUGUUCAUAAUGUCACACUCUCACAGACCUUCAUACUCCGAGCAUCUACAGCAGAGAUUAAUGGCCUACCCCAGUUUACUGUCAACAAUGUGUCUUACUUAGCCCCAGACACACCAUUAAAGUUGGCUGAUCAAUUUCUCAACGGGUCUGGAGUAUACAAGCUUGAUGAAUUUUCUACUAACUCUAGUAAUUUUAAAACCGUACGUGGAGUUUUCGUUGCAUCUGGGAAGCAUAAAGGGUGGAUAGAACUUGUUUUCCAUAAUGAUUUGGAGGGCAUGGAUGCUUGGCACUUGGAUGGCUUUGGUUUCUAUGUUGUUGGAUUUGGAACUGGAAAGUGGAGCCAAAAAUCGCGCUCUAAGUACAACCUUCAUGAUCCGGUUGUGCGUUCUACCGUGCAAGUGUACCCCGGUGGAUGGACUGCAGUUUAUGCAUACCUUGACAACCCAGGAAUGUGGAAUUUGAGGUCACAGCACUUGAAAAAUUGGUAUUUGGGAGAGGAGCUUUAUUUGAGAGUUUAUGAUGCUGAUCCCAACCCUGCCAAGGAGAAGCCUGCUCCCAAUAACCUCCUUCUUUGUGGAGAGUUUGCUCCUUUCGCCCCGCCCACUCCAGUUGUGCCUCCUCCUCCACUUCAACCUUCUCCACCUGCACCUGGGGCAUCAAGUGCACAGUCUUUGCAGACAGCAGCAGGGUUUCACAUUGCCAUCAUCUGCAUUGUUGCAACAUUCUUUCAGAUUUCUAGAAGUUCAUCCCAUUUUUUAUGA